UAAAAUACGUCACGUUUAUAAAAAUACACGUAAUCAUUUAGAUUAAUUGUUUAUAAAAAAAUAUAAAUAGUAAAGCAAAGGUUAAAAGUACUGUAUAAUGGAAUUAUAAUAUUCACAAUUAUGUGACAAUUUCCUGCUUCAUAUCUGAACAGCAUCCGGAAUUAAAGGUUCCCAAUGGAAACAUAAAAAUUUUUAUAUAUUAUUUGAUUCAAAUAAGUAGAAUUUGAAUAUUGAUCAAUUCAAUUAAAUAUGGAAGAAGAAGAUGAAGAAGUUUCUACACCAUGGAUACAAAGACAUAGAAAUAAUAUAUCUGAAGCAAGUCUUUAUCGAUCAAUACAAAGUAAUUUAAAUGCAGAAUCUGUACAAACAUUAUAUCAAAGUGUUCCUAAUAUCUCAUUAAAUAAUAUUGGAAGCAUGAAUAGUAUGCAUAGUGCAAUCUCUAUGGAAGAUAUUCAACAAACACAUAAUGACGAUACAUUAACUUUUAAUAAUGAUACCAAUGAAACAAUUAUUGAUGGUAGUUGUACAGAUUUAAGAAACAGUAAAAGAAGUUCAAGAUCGGCUUCAAAAUGUGGAACAAUUUUUAGUUUAUAUUUUCGUGAUGAAAUUCGUACAAUUGAUUUUGUACUUGUUUGGGAUGAAUAUAAUGUAGAAGCUCAAACGUACCGUUGUACUGAAUAUAGACGUAUAUUUGAAAAAAAUUUAGAAAAGGAAGGUUUACAAUUAGAAUAUGAACAAGCAGAACCAAAUGGUUUACAUUUCAUAAAAAUUCAUGCACCUAAAGAAGUAUUAAGACGGUAUGCUGAAAUAUUAAAACUUAGAUUGCCAAUGAAAGAAUUACCUAGUAUGAUGAUUUUUGAAAAUCGUAGUAACACAUUAAUUAAAGAAGUCAAUUCAUUAUUCAAGAGAAUUAUGAAAAAGUAUUAUGUAAACCAAACAAUAUUUCCAACUCUGAAACAUAAUUUUACAGCUGUUUAUAGCCGUGAUAAAGAAUAUUUAUUCAAUUUGGAUUCACCAAAUUUUUUUACUACUGCAACACGUGCUAGAAUCGUACAAUUUAUUUUAGAUAGAACCAGAUUUACUGAAACUAAGGAUGAUGACUUUGCAUUUGGAAUAGAUAGAUUGAUUUCGGAAAAAGCAUAUAUAGCCGCAUAUCCUCUUCAUGAUGGUGAUUUACAAGCACCAGAUUCUAUGAGAUAUCUCUUGUACAAAGAAUGGGCAAGCAUAAAGAAAUGUCUUCAUUAUCAACCAUUAGAUUACAUCAAAGAGUAUUUUGGAGUAAAAAUUGGACUUUACUUUGCUUGGCUUGGAUUUUAUACACAUAUGUUGAUACCUGCUAGUAUUGUUGGUCUUUUAUGUUUCAUAUACAGUUGUGCGACUUUAUAUUCUAAUGAACCAAGUGAAGAUAUUUGCAAUUUUAAUGGUACCAUUGAAAUGUGUCCUUUAUGUGAUCAUUUUUGUGGAUAUUGGGAUUUGAAAGAAACAUGUUUACAUGCAAGAAUUACAUAUUUAUUUGAUAAUCCAUCUACUGUUUUUUUUUCUAUAUUUAUGUCAUUAUGGGCUACAUUGUUUUUGGAAUUAUGGAAAAGAUAUUCAGCAGAAAUUACUCAUAAAUGGGAUUUAACUGGUUUGGAUGCUCAAGAGGAACAUCCUCGACCUCAGUACUUAGCACGUUUAGCACAUAUAAAAAAAAAAUCGCUCAAUAUUAUCACAAAUACAGAAGAACCGAAAGUUCCCUUUUGGAAGAUGAGAGUUCCUGCUACAAUUCUCAGUUUCUCUGUCGUUUUGCUGCUGAUUGCAAUAGCAAUGGCUGCUGUCUUAGGUGUUGUUUUAUAUAGAAUGUCUGUUUUGACUGCUUUAAGUGUUUAUGGACAUCCUAUGGUAACAAGUUAUGCAAUACUAUUUACUACAGCUACGGCUGCUAGUAUUAAUUUGUGUUGCAUUAUAAUAUUUAAUUGGGUUUAUGUUUGGUUAGCUGAAUAUUUAACAGAGAUCGAAUUACUUCGAACCCAAACUGAAUUUGAUGAUAGUUUAACAUUAAAAAUAUAUCUACUCGAAUUUGUUAACUAUUAUGCUUCCAUAUUUUAUAUAGCAUUUUUUAAAGGAAAGUUCGUUGGUUAUCCUGGAAAUUAUAAUCGCUUCUUUCAUUAUCGACAAGAAGAAUGUGGUCCUGGUGGGUGCCUUAUGGAAUUAUGCAUACAGCUAAGCAUUAUUAUGAUUGGCAAACAAGCCAUGAAUACAAUAUUAGAAAUGUUGUUUCCAUUAUUUUACAAAUGGUUAAAUACUUUAAAAGUACAUGUUGGAAUGACAACAGAAGAUGGACAAAGAAAAAUUACUACUAGAAAAUAUCUUCAAUGGAUUAAGGAUUAUAAGUUAGUGGAAUGGGGUCCAAGAAGUUUAUUUCCCGAGUAUUUAGAAAUGGGUAUUGUACUACAAUAUGGGUUUGUUACUAUCUUUGUUGCUGCAUUUCCAUUAGCACCAUUUUUUGCAUUAUUGAAUAAUGUUUUUGAAAUGCGAUUAGACGCGAAAAAAUUGUUAACAAUGUAUAGAAGACCAGUCGGACAACGUGUUACUGAUAUAGGCAUAUGGUACCGUAUUUUAGAUUCCAUUUCUAAAUUAUCUGUUAUAACUAAUGCAUUCAUUAUAGCUUUUACUUCGAAUUUUAUACCUAGAUUAGUUUAUCGAAUAAUUGUCUCUGAUAAUUAUUCUCUAGAAGGAUUUCUAGACCAUUCUCUUUCGAAGUUUAAUACAAGUGAUUUAAAAAACGGUACUGAACCAUUUUCAACAUCUAAUCCGCGAGUUGAAAUAUGUAGAUAUCCAGAUUAUAGGGAACCACCCGAUUCAUCAAAUAAAUAUCAAUAUACUAUUAUGUUUUGGCAUGUACUUGCGGCAAGAUUAGCUUUUAUUGUUGUCUUUGAGAAUAUUGUUGCUCUUGUAAUGAUAUUAGUACGAUGGUGUAUUCCUGAUAUGAAUCCAAAGUUAAGAGAUAAAAUUCGACGCGAAGCAUAUAUAACUAAUGAAAUAAUUAUUCAACAAGAAACGCUUCGUGCUUGUGAACGAUCUACUGAUUUAGAUGCAAAUCAGCAUUUAAUUAGAUUAAAUGAAAAUGCAAAUCGAUGGAAUAGAGUCAUGAGAAGUAGUUUAUCUAAUUCUGAAUUUGAUUUAGAAAUUCACGGAAGUCCUGUAUCACCAGCUAACACACAUUCACGUGUUAGUCCUGCCGCAUUAUGAUCAUUUUCAGAUCAAAAAAAUAAAAAAUUCAAUAAAAAAAAUUAUAAUUGUGAUUCUAGUCA